GGGCUGCCUCCCUUGCCUUUGCCCAGCUUCGGAGCACAAAGGCAGGUAGUGGGGAAGCGCUGGAGAUGCAAAGGGGGUCCUGCCUGCUCUGGAUGGGUCCUGGCGCCGGUGAGUUGCAGCUGGAAGGGGAGGAACGGGGGGGGCGAGGAGAAUUGCAAGCUCUUGUCCCAGGUUGCCAGCUUCUUCGGUCAGCCUCUGCUCCUGUGCUCCUGCUGCAGCAGCAGGCUGGGGCUGCUGGAAGUUGACUGCGUUUUAUUUCCCCGGCGUGGAAAGCUUCCCUUGCUGAUAUCUGAAGACCAGCCUGCUUUUAAAAGGCAGAAAAGCAAGCCAGGACAUUCCUCCGUCCGUAUCUGGCUGGGCCUUAACUUGGAAAAGAGGGAGAUGUUUUAAUAUGUUCCAGCAAAACAAGGUGCACGCAAAAUUUGGAGGUGGCAUAGAAACCCAGCUGGUUGGUGUUUUUUUUUAAACUUUUUAUUGGAUUUUAUAAACAAGGAUCAUAAGAAUAAUAAACGGUAUAACUGAAAAGACCAAGUCUCUGAAUGUCAUUUGUACAUCGCAAAAAUAGCACGAUAAAUUUGCAAGAAUAUCUGCAACACAUGAGUCAUUAUUAGUGGUCAAUGUACAAGUCCUUGGUUUAAAUCAGGCAUCCCCGAACUUGGCCCUCCAGAUGUUUUUGGGACUACAGUUCCCAUCAUCCCUGACCACUGGCCCUGUUAGCUAGGGAUAAUGGGAGUUGUAGUCCCAAAACGUCUGGAGGGCCGAGUUGGGGGCUGCUUGGUUUAAAUAAACCAAGUGGAGUGGAUUAAAUAAAAACAGUAAGUGGAAACAGGAUAAAACUGCUCGGCUCUGUUUUGUUUAAAGCUUGUAAACCCAGCUGUUUUUAAGGUGCCACGAGAAAGUAUGAAUUCUUUUUUUCCAAUUUCCAAUUCCAAUGUAUGGUUGUAUAUUGCUGUAAUAGACUGUAAUAUACAGUUCUUACAGAACCAUUUAUAAAUGUGGCAUCUGAUUAAGUCAUACUUAAUACAUCCAUAAUUCACUGUUUUCAUGAAAAUGUAGAGGACUGGGCUUUUGAUUCUCUCUCACACCCUGCCCCGAAAUCAAAUAUCACUUUGAAAUUUGCAAAAUACUUUUUGAGAGAUUCAGGUUUCACAAAUAGGGAGAGAGGGCUGUUGCACUGAGGUUCUGCUCGUGGGCUUCCCAUUGCGUUUUCCAGGUCAGCCGCUGUGAGAACAGGAUAUGGCCUGAUCCAGUAAGGGGCAUAUUCUUGCAUAUUCUUAAUCCAUAAAAUGCAGCUCAGUUCCCCUAACCUGCAAAUAACAGAAAUCUUUUUUUUUUUAAGAUCCCUCAGAGUACCGAAUGACGUCCUCAGUUGAACUUGGAUCCCCCCCUUUUUCCGAAGGGAGAGGAGAAAAUACUCUGGUGGAGUCAGCUCAGGUAGGAAAUUUUUGGAUGAGGAUGGGGAAAACCGUGAAGCUGGCCAGUGCCUCUGCAGAGCUCCAUCCUUAUUUCAGAAAUAAUAAUAAUAAUAAUAAUAAUUUAUUUAUUUAUACCCCGCCCACCUGGCUGGGUUUCCCCAGCCACUCUGGGCGGCUUCCAACAAAACACUAAAAUACAAUAACCUAUUAAACAUUAAAGCUUCCCUAAACAGGGCUGCCUUCAGAUGUCAUUAUAUAUCGUGAUAUAGGAUUAUAUCGCACAUGUUUAGCUGCUGAUAUGUCACAAUGUUGGAAACCAGAUGAUCGCCCAGCCCUACCGUUUGACUCUUCACAGUUCCAUCCUGUCAUCGUGAUAUAUUGGUAUAUCACGAAGUUCAGCUGGUGAUGUGUGUUGAAAACCAGAUAUCGCCCAGCCCCACUCCCAGGGUUCUUGUGGGGAAGCAGUGCGCCUUUAAAUGUAUGAUGCUUACACAGACUGACUUCAACAUUGAUGAUGGGACAGUAUUUUCCUGAGGGCAAAAUAAGGGCUUGGAUGGUUCAGGGCAGGCUAAAUGGGCCACACAGCUCUGUCCUGCAACGACUUGCCAAGACUCCUUGGCAUCUGCCCACUGAAGCACCUUGUCUCACUGCUUGACAGUAGGGCUGGCGCUGAACAAAAACAGGAAAGGCUGGGAGAGAGAAGAGGGGAGGGAAGAAAGAGAGGAAGGCGUAUAAAAUUACAGGGGGUGCCUUCUAAGCAAAGUACUUUUAUGGUCAGCUAAGCGUAGAAUGCAAGCGUGGCGCUGGGGUCUAAACCACAGAGCCUUGGGCUUGCUGAUCAGAAGGUUGGCGGUUCGAAUCCCCGCAACAGGGUGAGCUCCCGUUGCUCAGUCCUUGCUCCUGCCAACCUAGCAGUUCAAAAGCAUGUCAGAGUGCAAGUAGAUAAAUAGGUACCGCUCUGGCAGGAAGGUAAACGGCGUUUCCGUGCACUGCUCUGCUGGCCACAUGACCCGGAAGCUGUACUCCGGUUCCCUCGGCCAGUAAAGCGAGAUGAGCGCCGCAACCCCAGAGUUGUCUGUGACUGAACCUAACAGUCAUGGGUCCCUUUACCUUUACCUUUAAGUGUAGAAUGUGCCACACGUAAUUUGGGCACCGUCUGCACUAUGCAUUUAAAGCUGAAUCAUACCACUUUAAACUGUUAUGCCUUCCCCAAAGGAUCCUGGGAACUCUACUUUGUUAAGGACGCAGACAGCUGCAAGGAAACCCCAGUUCUCUUCCCAGAGCAGCACUUCCCAGACUGGUUUAACCAGCAACCCCAGGAAACUCUGGGAACCGCUGAUCUGUGAGGAAAAUAAGUGUCUCCAGGGACGCGGGUGGCGCUGUGGUCUAAACCACAGAGCCUAGGGCUUGCCGAUCAGAAGGUCGGCGGUUCGAAUCCCCGCGACGGGGUGAGCUCCCGUUGCUCAGUCCCUGCUCCUGCCAACCUAGCAGUUCGAAAGCACGUCAUAAUGCAAGUAGAUAAAUAGGUACCGCUCCGGCGGGAAAGUAAACGGCGUUUCCGUGCGCUGCUCUGGUUUGCCAGAAGUGGCUUAGUCAUGCUGGCCACAUGACCCAGAAGCUGUACAUCGGCUCCCUCGGCCUAUAGAGCGAGAUGAACACGCAAAUCCAGAGUCGUCCGCGACUGGACCUAACGGUCAGGGGUACCUUUACCUUUAAUAAUUCAUUUUUUUUAUAAGAUAUUUAUUAAGAUUUUUUAACAUAUUACAAUAAAAAUGGAAAAAGAAAAAGAAAAAUACAAAGUAAAAACAGUUAAAACACAUUAAUUUUCCGUUUCUUAUUUUCCUUAAGCUUAUUUCCCCGGACCUCCUCAUACCUCCCUUUUUUGUAUUCCACUUAGAUUUAUUAGUUCAGCAAAUCCUUGCCAUUAAGCUUUUACCCAUUUAUAAGCCUUUUUUCAUAUUCUCUUAAAGCAUUACAGCUGGAAACCACUUAAUUUCUAUCCAACAUCAUUCUAACAUUAAUUUUACAAUAUUUCUGUAAAUAAUCUUUAAAUUUCUUCCAAUCUUCUUCCACCGACUCUUCUUCCUGGUCUCGGAUUCUCGGGGGGGGGGGGGGGAACCUUUAAUAAUUCAAGUUGCCAUGAAGCUCACAGGCUGACCUGGUGCCAGUCCUUGCGUCUCAGCCAUUUAACCUACCACGCAGGGUUGUUUUGAGGAAGAAUUGGGAAGCGGGGGAAGCGUGUCUGCCACCUCGGGUUCCUCAGAUUUUGCUUUGUUCUUGCAGGGCCCGUUGACCUUUGAAGACGUGGCCAUAUAUUUCACGGAAGAGCAGGCGGCUCUGCUGAACCCGGUCCAAAGGGCCUUGUACCGAGAGGUCAUGCUGGAGAAUUAUGGGAAUGUUUCCUCGCUGGGUAAGGAAGGUGGCAGUGCCUUGAUAAACUCUUAAAAUGGAAAGCGUAACCAAGGUUGUAGAGCAGCCUUGGCCUACCAUAUCGUUGGACUACAACUUCCAUCAUCCCUGACCAUUCGCCACGCUAGCUGGGACUGAUGAGAGCUAUAGUCCAAACCAUCUGAAGGGCACCGGGUUGGGGAAGACUGGUGUAUAGGGUAAUCCUUGUGGUCUGCCUAAGAAUGUAAAUGCAUUUUCUAAAUUAUUUUUCUGAAAUAACGUUCAUUCUGAAAUUAUGGCUAAACAUUCAUUCAUCCUGAAAUGAUGGCUGAAAGCGAAGGAAAAUGGGAAGCUGUCUUGCGCUGAGUUAGAUGACGGGUCCACCUUGCUCAGUGUUGUCUGGCAAAAGCUCUCCAGUGUUUCAGGCAAUAUUUCAGCUCUCCAGAGGCCCUGAUCUCGCCCAGCCUUAACUGGAGAUGUUGGGGAUUGAACCUGUGACCUUCUGCAUGCAAAGCAGAUGCUGUUCCAUUGAGCUAAGGGCCUCCCCUAUAAGAGCGUAUGAGGUUUUUUCUUAUUAAGCGCCAAGUAGGCAUAUACAGAGGGGACACGCUGUGGGUUAAACCACAGAGCCUAGGACUUGCCGACCAGAAGGUCGGCGGUUCGAAUCCCCGCAACGGAGUGAGCGCCCAUUCCUCGGUCCCUGCUCCUGCCAACCUAGCAGUUCGAAAGCACCUCAAAGUGCAAGUAGAUAAAUAGGUACUGCUCCGACAGGAAGGUAAACGGCAUUUCUGUGCGCUGCUCUGGUUCGCCAGAAGCGGCUUAGUCAUGCUGGCCACAUGACCCGGAAGCUGUACGCUGGCUCCCUCAGCCAAUAAAGCGAGAUGAGCACCGCAACCGCCACGACUGGACCUAAUGGUCAGGGGUCCCUUUACCUUUAGGCGUAUACAGAGUUUUUAUACGUAGACUGUAUCAGCAAAGUUGACUUGGCAUAAACUCUCCCUUUGCAUAACUUGCAGUUAAACCUCAGUAAAGAAGAAGAAAAGAAAAGAAGUAAUGAAAGGAAAUAAAGGAAGGGAGAAAGGGGAGAAAAUAGUACAUCUGUGUAAGCUUCCUUUUCUGCUGUUGUUUUGUUUAAUGGAAAGAGUGAAUUGCAUAAAAAUUAAAAUUUGCAGCCAGGCAAAAUGAAAGAUUAAAUGGUUACAUAGGCUUAGUCUUGUUAAGUUUAUGCGCAUGCGCGCACACACGAACACACACAUAUAUAUAUAAACCCAGUCAGCCAAUUGUGACCUUGAUUUCCCCCCUCGUUCUUUCCCAAGAAGGAUUUCCAGCCCUCAAGCCUGACCUCAUCUCCCGGCUAGAGCAAGGGGAAGACAUGUGGGUGCCUGAUUCUCAGGGGAUGGAUGAAACCGUGAUCUCCAACACGCACACAGGUAAGGGGCUUGGGAUAAGUUGGUUAUUCCGCCCCCCGACCCUCAACAAUUAGCAGUUGCCUGAAACUGUUUCAUUUCCUCUCCUUCCCCCUCCAACUCCCUGAGAGUGUGACCACAUCUACUGCGAUUAGGAAUGGGAGGACACAGCAAUUUUGCUUCUCUUCUCAUUUUUCUGACCUUCAAUUUCGUUCUCCACAUUCCUGCAGCAAAUCUGCCAAUUUUGUUUCUUUAAAAAAAAAUCCUCUUGGAAAUUAUUUCUCCUAAUAAGACACAAAUUUGCCCGCCGUUUUGACCAACGUACCCAUUUUUGCAAGCCACUGUGUUGCAUUUUGGCAUGCUAUUUUCGCAAACGUAUUGAUUAUUAUGCCCACGUUUACCUCAUAUAUUCCUUUUUCUAAACGUCGGUGGGAGAACUACAUCAUGAAAUUUGGACAAGUGUGCAUUUCAAAGGGUGGCUGCGUCUUAUGUUCUCAUACUGUCUCGGGAAGCAUAAAUUUGGCUUUAAAUGGGAACGGAAUGGGAUUUCUGCCCCGUCCCUAAAAGGGAUUCUAGGCCUCUGUGGAGCAUUUGUGGGGUGCCCCAUGGAACACAAGUGGGAAGACCCUCUAGCGAAGGGCCAUAUUCCCUUGUGGCAGCCUUCUGGGGGCCUCAUGCCAGUGGAGGGUGUGGCCAGGGACAAAAUGGGUGGAGCCAAAGUUAAAAGUGGGCGGGCCAACAGACGUCUAUCUACGUUCCAUACAAGACAUCUUUCCGUCCUCUAUUCAGGCGAGCAAAAGGCAUUACAGUGGAGCGACGUCAUAAGCACAUUUAACGCACACGAAUUCAACUCCAUGUACCUGUCGAAACAAGGCGUGGGCAACUGUCAGAGCCAAGUGUGGGCGGUUCCAGCUAGUGAGCCGUCUUGGGGUGAGCGCGAGUGCGAUUUCCUGGCCGAGCACGCCGUCCUUCAAGGACAGUAUUCAUCAUACCCCAUGGCCCCUAAAUGCAAGCUAGCUGCCUGCAGGUCACCCAGAGGGCAGCGCAAGAAGCAGCGAUCUGUUCCGACGCUGGAGGAGAAAGUGGCCGUGUUGGAUUUAUUGAGGACCGGCAUGUCCGUCUCCAAAGUGGCCCGCGUAUACGGCCGCAAUGAAUCCAGCAUCCGUGCCAUUAAAGUUCGAGAGAGAGAAAUCCGUCAAGCCGUGGCCUCAGGCGCUCCCAUAACGGCUAAGGUGACGAGCCAAGUUCGCGAUCAGACUUUGGUGAAGGCGGAAAAGGCAUUGUACCUGUGGCUGGAAGACAUGAACGGCCAAGGCCUUCCCGUCGACGGCAACAUGAUGCGAGAAAAAGCUCUUGACCUGUACGCGCUGUUCAAGCCUCUUACCUCGCCUUGUGAUGAGAAGGAGUUCAAAGCCAGCCAAGGUUGGCUCAACAGCUUCAGGAACCGCUUCAACCUGAAAAACGGGCAGAGCCCUGGCGAGGCUGCCCCCACCAAUAAACAAGCAGCGAAACCCUACUCCAAACAGUUAAAGAAGCUGAUAGAAGAAAAGGGAUAUCUCCCGGAACAAGUUUUCAACGCUGGCGAGACGGGGCUCUUCUGGAAGAAAAUGCCCAGCCGCACGUACAUUUCGAAAGCAGAAAGACAGGCGGCCCAAGACCGCGUGAUGUUGUUGUUUUGUUGCAACGCAGCCGGGCAUUUAAUAAAGCCCAGCCUGCUCUGUGGGUCUGCAAAUCCUCGUGCCCUAAAAGGCAAGGACAAACACCUCCUGCCUGUGUUCUGGCAAUCGAGCAAAAAGGCUUGGGUGACGGCAGCAAUAUUCCUGGAUUGGUUCCACCGAUGCUUUGUUCCGGAGGUCAAGCGGUACCUCGAAGAGAAAGGAAUUGACUUUAAGGUGUUGCUGAUUGUCGACGAUGCUCCUGGCCACCCCGAGGGAGUCCGGUUUGCGCACAGCAACGUUGAAGUUGUCUUUCUGCCCCAUAGCGCCUCCUCCGCCAUCCAGCCUCUCGACCAAGGCGUAGUUCGCUGCUUCAAGGCCAAGUACACGAGUCUUAUGUUCUCGCGGGUCUGCAACGCUCUGGAUGCCGAUCCCAGCCUCAACGCGGCUGAGCGCUGGAAGUCCUUCAACAUCGCCGAUUGCAUCACUUACGUCAAACAAGCCAUGGAUGCAAUCGAGCCGGAAACGGUCAACGCGUGUUGGCGAAACCUGUGGAAGAAAUGUGUGAAUGAUUUCAGGGGUUUCCCAACCAUUCACCACGAAGUGGAACACAUCGUUCGGGUGGCCAGGCAACUGGGCGGCGAUGGCUUCAGCGACAUCCUUGAGGAAGAAAUAGAAGAAUUAAUCGAGGGCCAUAGAGGAACGUCGGCUAGCGAAGAGCCUGAGGAUCUGAUAAAAUCGGAAGAGGAAGAUGACGACGAGCAGGAAGAGCCGGCAAGUUGGAACCUUCCCAAGUUUGCCGAGGUGUUUCAAGCGGCAAAGCACUUGAACGAUUUGAUUUCGGAAUACGAUCCCUCCAUGGAGCAGAGCCUCAGAGUCACACGUGGCAUCGCCGAAGCUUUGAGGCCGUACCGAGAAAUGUUUGAGCAGCUGAAGAGGCAGCAGCGGCAGUUGCCAGUCGCCAUGUUGUCCUCGAAAAAACAACCGGCAGCGGAGGAGCCCUCGCAACCAACUCCUCGAGCGGACACAGAGCCAGCCGCCUUGUGUGUGACACACUCUCCAUCACGCAAGCCUGGACCGUUUUCUGCCGGAUCGGCAUCAGACCCUUGUGACCCCUCAGCAGUGAUGUCAGGAGAACAGAAAGACAAAUCGCCCGAGUGUGUACAGUGGUCCUCUUCAUUCUUUCAUCCUCAUCAUAUACAGGUGUGUACUGCAGUGUGCUUUAUGGGCAGUUUAAGGGAUUUUCAAGGGUAAUUUUGACUAUACGAAAUUUUUGCCUUAGGCGCUGAGUCCGGAGCCUAAUCCCCGUGUUAGAUGCGAUUUCAUGGUAUUAUAGCUUGAGGAUACAUGGGGCGAAGGCCCUCGAGGAUGUGGGGCAGGUUUAUGAUGGAGGGGGUGUAGCCUGGUGAAGCGCAUGGGGGCUGGCUGGAGACAGGGGCCUGGAGGCCAGAGUUUUCCAACUUCUGGGUUAAAAUAUUGCAAUUACUAUAGAGCUCCAGGUUCAAAUUCCCACUCGGCUAUGAAGGCCACUGAGCGAUUCUGGGGCAUUCACGCGUACUGCCUAAGCUGCCUCACCGGGUUGUUGUGAGGAGAAAAUUGAGAGGUGGGGGGAAAGAAGUAUGUACCAUGCCCUGAGUCUUCUGCAGAGAAGGCAAGGGGUCCCCAUAAUGAACAAAUAAAUGCUAUGCUCACCAAAAUGUACGUUUCUUUUGUAUUUGUUUGCAGUGGCUCGGCUCCUCCGAUAAGAUCAAGGAGGUUCAUGGGACUAUUUCCUUCCCCUUCUCUUCCUCCCUGACCCACCUGGCAAUGUCUGCCACCUCAUGAUGGCUUCUUUUUUACCAAGAGAUGGGCAGAUCCUGCUCCUCAGCUAAGGCAAACCUUUUUACCCCUUCUCAUUUGCCCACCCUUAGCCCUCCACCCAAGGAUGGCAGGGAAUGGCUUGUUUAUCAUUGUACCAGGUCUGAAGGGGUCUUAAUGGUUUAUAUAUGGUUUUCUUUUCUCCUUUCUGUAUCUCUUAGUACAGGCACCACCGGUGGGUGUAUUUGGAAUGCUGUGGUCACAAAAUGGCUGCCGCUGGGGGCAUGCCUUGAGACAAAAUGGUUGCCACAUACAAAAGAACAGAGGGGAAAUUUGAAACUGGACAGGGAAGCUCUGCCAUCAGCUGCCCCAUCAAUGGGCGUAAUGUGCUUUUUACUGAUCAUAAAACCAUAGAGUGGUAGAGUUAGAAGGGACCCAAGGGUCAUCUAGUCCAACCCCCUGCAAUGCUCUGUUUGACAUUCCGGUUGAGUUUCAGGGCACUUCCAGACAGCCACUAUUUGGGGGUGGGAUUCAGGCAUGAGAUUAUGGUAGAUCUGGAGCUCUGGUGCAAUAAACCCUCCACUCCCAGCUUUACCCAAAUUUCCAUUUUGAAUUGUCGUUUUCCUCUCAGUUUCCCUCCAUCCCUGCUAAUAAUGAAAACAAUGAGGGGGAAACUCUUUGUUUUUCUGUUCUGUUCAGAACAAGCGGGAGGCUGGGUGUCCAGUCAUGGCAUCUGAUAAAAUGUGGGCCUGCUCAAGGGGGCCCAUUUAAUAUUGGAGAGGCUAAUGUGGAUUUUUGAAGCGGUCUUUACUCAGCAGGCACCAUAGGAGGUGCUGGCGGGCACACGUGGGCACCAUGUUGGCGACCCUUGCCUUGUCCGUUUUCUGAGGUUGCUUUUUACAAGGAACAGCAGUGAAUCCCCGUCUUAUGUUUUUUGCUCUUUUCUCCUUUCAGGCGACUCCGAGAAGAGGCAUUCAUGCCCGGAGUGCAGCCGGCCGUUUGCUCGGAAAUCAUCUCUCGCCAGACACCAGAGAAUCCACGUAGGAGAGAUACCCUACAACUGCUUGGAGAGUGGGAAGGGUUUCCCCCGGGAGGUAGAACUCAAGAGCCAUCGGAGAGCCCGCCCGGAAGAGAAACCGUAUAGGUGCCAGGAGUGUGGGAAACGUUUUGUUUACAAAUCGAAACUCGUUGUGCAUCGGAGGGCCCACACGGCAGAGAAACCCUACGAGUGCGCAGCGUGCGGGAAAGGCUUCGCUUACAAGUCUUGCCUCGUGAACCAUCAGAGGCUCCACACCGGAGAGAAACCGUACGGAUGUCCGGAGUGUGGGAAAAGCUUCGCUCAGCAGUCUGCUUUUGUGAUACACCGGAGAAUCCACACGGGAGAGAAGCCCUACAAAUGCGCCGAGUGCUGCAAAUCUUUCCCUCAGCUCUCAGACCUGGUGAACCACCGGAGGGUCCACACGGGAGAGAAGCCCUAUAAAUGCACCGAGUGUGGUAAAUCUUUUGCCCAGUGCUCGGCCCUUGUGAUUCACCACAGGAUCCACAUCGGGGAGAAACCCUACACGUGCUUGGAGUGCGGGAAAGGAUUCCCACAGCAGUCGGAGCUUGCAAAACACUGGCGGACCCACACGGGAGAGAAGCCCUAUACCUGCCUGGAGUGUGGGAAAGGUUUUCUUCAACAGGCUCACCUCAGCGGACGCCAGAGAACCCACUCGGGCGAGAAACCCUACGGCUGCGGGGAGUGCGGGAAAGGUUUUGCUGACAAAUCAAACCUGGCAAACCACCAGAGGACCCACACAGGGGAGAAACCCUACAGUUGCACUGGGUACGGGAAGCGUUUUGGCCAAAAAUCCCACCUUGUGAGACACCAGAGAGUUCACGCAGGAGAGAAGCCUUACAACUGUUCAGAGUGUGGGAAAUGUUUUGCCCAAAAAUCAAAUCUUUUGAUGCAUCAGAGAGUCCAUUUGGGGUAGAACUUGGCUUGUAACAUGCUCUGCAGAUCUGUUUUUUUUAAGUUUCCCUUUUCCCUUUCAGUUUGCAAUACUGUCUUUGCAUUAUUUACCCCUGAGAGCAUUUGAAUGAAAGGAGAAUAAAUUGUCACACUAUGCAAAUAGCACAAGUAAACCUCUCCAGAGUCUAUUGUGAGACACUGGAGGAAUCCUUGUCCGAUCUUCCUGUCUCAUGCAAGAUAUAAACUGUUGCCAUGCCAUGCAUUAUUAUUAUUAUUAUUAUUAUUUAUUGAAUUUAUAUAUCGCCCUAUACCUGGAGGUCUCAGAGUGGUUCACAGAACAAAAUCAAAAUAUUAAAGCAUAAAAUAUAUAAUCAAAAUAAAAGCAACAACCCAAUAAAGCCCUGUUUAGGGAAGUUUUUAAAGAUGACUGAUGUUUUAAUGUAUUUUUAAUCUGUUGGAAACCGCCCAGAGUGAAUGGGGAAACCCAGCCAGAUGGGCAGGGUAUAAGUAACAAAUUAUUAUUAUUAUUAUUAUUAUUAUUAUUAUUAUUAACCCCCUCCAAAAAAAGCCACAUUUUGAAAGGGCAUAGGAUGACAAUCAAAUCAACCAAAGGCCUGCUUAAAAAGGAACGUUUUUGCCUGGUGCCUAAAGGUGUAUAAUGAAGGCGCCAGGCGAACUUCCCUGGGGAGAGCAUUCCACAGAUGGGGAGCCACUGAAGAGAAGGCCCCGUUUUCAUGUUGCAACCCUCCAAACCUCUCGAGGAGGUGACACACGAAGGAGGGCCUCAGAAGAUGAUCUCAGGGUCUGGGUAGGUUCAUAUGGAAAGAGGCGGCCCUUGAGGUAUUGCAGUCCUGAGCCGUUUAAGGCUUUAUAGGUCAAAACCAGCACUUUGAAUUGGGCCCAGAAACUAACUGGUAGCCAGUGCAGUCGGACCAGGAUCGGUGUAAUAUGCUCAAACCGUCUUGCAAACCUCACAACCAUCUGGUCUAGGGAACCACCCACUAGAAGUGCCUCAAUCUUGUUUCAGUUUGUUGGCUCUCAUCCAGUCCAUUAUUGAGGCAAGAAAGAAGAGGGACAUGUUCUUUAGCAGCAUGGAUUUGGCAUGUUAGUUUUUCUGCCAGUUUUCUCAGACCCUUUGGUUCUCAGACCUUUAGCCGUUUGCCAGCCUCUGGCAAUUUUCAAGCCGCUGCAAGCAAAAGUGACAUUUCUUUAUAUACAGCUUGGAAAGUCAGUGUAAUUCACUAUUCCCACUACUGCUGGGGCUGGAGACAUGAUGAUGUUCAGCUUAUAAAAGUUUUCCAGUUCUUUAAAAACCUCCGUCCAAAAUGCAAACAGAGGUUUGCGAUGCCACCAGGGCCAUAGGAAACUUCCUGGGCUCUUAUUAUCUGAAUGCGCACAUUUUCAACCCUAAAAGGGGAACUUUGUCUACACCAGGGAAUCCCUUUUAUGUUGGGACUCUGUUGUACUAUUUCAGUCUACAGUUGGCUAGGAUAAUUCAGGAUUCUUGUAUUAAUUUACAAGACUCCUAACAACUUGGGGCCAGAAUAUCUUAGGGCUCGCCUGAUCACUUAUAUCCCUGCCUCUCACCAAGCACUUUGCGGGACUCACAAUUUGUGGCACAAAUGCACGGUUUAUAACCCCAGGAGCCAUGCAUUCAGCACUGUGGGCCUAAUCCUGUGGAACUCCCUUCCACAUACAUGUUGAAUCAUAGAAUCAUAGAGUUGGAAGAGACCACAAGGGCCAUCGAGUCCAACCCCCUGCCAAGCAGGAAACAC